GAGGCUCCCUUGUCUUCAUCCGCGUCGCGCUCUUUUAACGCGAUUUCUUGAGCUCAGUAGAGCCUCGUCUUUCUUAUGAGCGACCGGCAUGCUUUCGUCUACCUUUCGCAAUCAAGUGCAAUUUACGACAAACUCUCGACACUUCACCUCGCUACAUCUGCAUUUCUUCUCGCGGCUGUAAAGAUGCUGAACGUGAAAGUCGCCGAAACGAUUGCUAAAGAUCAUCUCCGGGUUAGAUGCACGUGUAUAUCUUUUUCCUUCCUUUACAAUUAGAAGAAUAGCAAAAAUUUGCUAGAUAGAAUUUCCGCAAGUGUUUUUAACUUGUGUUGUUUAUAAAUUGUAAUCGUAAAAAAAUAGUUUAGGAAAAUCUCAUUUGAUUAUUCAAGGAAAAUUACGGAUAAUAGACGAUUUUAGCCUGCGACUAUGGAAGCUUUUAAAGUUUUGUCACUGAUAAUCGGGGUUCUUUCUCUAUUUUUCAAUCUCGCAAAGUGCACCGAUAAUAUCCUCGACGGAGGACCGAAUAAUGGUUCGGUAGAGAUGAAUACAUCAGGUGAGGGCGACGUAACGUCUACGUUCCUAAAUUUGGAUAAAAACAAAACGAACGAAAAUCGACGUUACUGGUACGAGAAUCUGGACGACGAUAGGAUGCUGAAAAGUAAGACCGAUAUUCUGUCCCAUCUCCUGAAGAUGCACAUAGAUCGCUUGCGCAACGAAACCAAUCAGGUGGAACUGGUGUUCCUGGUGGACGCGUCCGGCUCGAUCGGCGCGGAAAAUUUCCGCAGCGAGCUGAAUUUCGUGACGAAGCUCCUCUCGGACUUCACCGUGGACGAGGCGACAACGAGGGUCGCGGUGAUCACCUUCGGCGGUCGGGGCAAUGUUUACCGUAACAUCGAUCAGAUCUCACGCCACGGACCGAACGAUCACAAGUGCUAUUUGCUGAACAAGCAGUUCGGCAAUAUCACUUACAGCGGCGGAGGAACUUAUACACGAGGCGCUCUCCUCGAGGCGCUGACGAUCCUCGAGAAAGGUCGCGAAACGGCGAACAAGGUGGUGUUUCUGAUCACCGAUGGCUUCAGCAACGGCGGCGAUCCGCGACCCGCUGCCAAUUUGCUGAAGAACACAGGUGCGACCGUGUUCACGUUCGGCAUUCGUACGGGAAAUGUAGAAGAGCUGCGAGACAUCGCCAGCCCACCCGGGUACACGCAUAGCUAUUUCCUUGACAGUUUCGCCGAGUUCGAGGCUCUGGCGCGACGCGCCUUGCAUCGCGAUCUGAAGACCGGCCAGUACGUGCCCGUGACUCUAUCUACUGAUUGCAAUGGUCUUUGUUCGGCUGUCAAUCGAACCUGCUGCGACGAUUUGGCGACCUGCACCUGCGGCACUACAACCGGGCAUUACGCCUGCAUCUGCCCGUCCGGUUACUUCGGUUCUGGUCUGAAAGGUUUCUGCCAACCUUGUCCGAACGGGACGUACGCUUCUGGAAACGCUUCCGGGGAUUCCACCGCUGUUUGCGUACCCUGCCCGGACGCGAAUCACGUUACAAUCAAGGUUCCGGCGACCUCGAUACUCGAUUGCGUGUGCGCCUCCGGAUUCACCACGGACGGUUAUAAGUGCGAGGCUAUAACAUGCUCGAAGCUAAGAGUCCCCGAAAAUGGCUAUCUGGUAAAGGCGAGCGCCUGCAGCAACGUGGUGCAUGCGGCAUGUGGUGUAAGAUGCAGAAUCGGCUUUCACCUUACAGGGGACAGCAUUCGACUUUGCGGGAAAGACGGUUCUUGGUCUGGCAACGAGCCGCAAUGUUUGCUGAAAACCUGUCCAGCUCUACGCGCACCCGUACAUGGCCGCAUGAAAUGCGAACACGAUGAGAAUUAUCAGCAUCAGUUCGAGGAGAACUCUACCGUUUAUCCGAUCGACACGCGUUGUCAGUUCAGAUGCGACCUAGGUUAUCAGCUUCGCGGCAGCAAAGUGCGCAACUGUCUACCCUUGUCCCGGUGGGACGGUCUGAAGGUCACUUGCAAGGCCGUGGAAUGCGAACCUCUGCCGCGAAUCGCGAACGGAAGCAUCAUCCCGGAAAUCUGUACCGGCACAGCGAAGGUAUCCUUUGCUACCAAAUGCAUGAUCAUCUGUGACAGGGGUUUCGUCCUGGAAGGACCCUCCAGUAGAUCGUGUAGCGGACGUACAGGGAUCUGGUCCCAACGUCACAACGUUAAUAGAUGCAUUGACAAGAUGCCGCCCUCGUUAAAGUGCCCGACCGACAUCGUCGCGGAAACCACGAUGGGUCGAAAUUACGCUUACGUGAAUUGGACGGUGCCCGAAGUGACGGAUAACGCGGACGACUCGCCUACUUUGUGGACGAAACCACAUGUCGUUUUACCGUGGAAGGUGAAAAUCGGUACGCACAUCGUCGUGUACGUAGCGCAAGAUGCAAGCGGCAAUAAGGCCAGAUGUAAAUUUAAGGUCAGAGUCCUUGAUAGAGAACCGCCCACGAUCGAGAAUUGCAUUGAUCCACCGACUUUCUACACGGAUCUCGAUAAUGGUCUCGAUAAUGUCACGUGGGACGAGCCCGUCUUCUAUGAUAAUUCGAGGACCUCGGUGAGAGUUAAUCAAAGUCAUCAACUUGGCGAGGGUACUUUUCCGAUCGGACGAACGAGAGUCUUCUAUAAUGCUACCGACAAGUACGGCAAUCGAGCGAAUUGCAUAUUGAAUAUUACAGUAGAAGAUAUAUGCAAAAAUUUAACAGCACCCGUGAAUGGACGAUUAAAUUGUUCUUCGACAGAUGAUCGCAAAAUGCAAUGCGUUAUAACUUGCGAAAAUGGCUACGAUUUUGCACUUGAGCCAAUAAAUUUCAACGUUGUCAAUGACGAGCUGUUGUUAAAAUGCAAUUCUAGCGAUCAUACAUGGGAGAACAAUUAUCUACCGGAAUGUUCAGAAGCACAAAUAUUAAAGACGAUAUCUAAGGAAGGAACAGUGAUAUUGCAGGGCAAUGAAAGUUCAAUGUGCGACAAUAAAACUGCUCUUCGCAAAUUGAAUGAUAAUAUUGCUGACAGUUUAAAAUCGAAAAUGUUGGAUAUCUGUGGUAACGAUAUCGAAUGCAAUUUUGAGAUCAAUUUUAAUCCUGAAUGCGAAGACGAUCUUUCGACAUCAAAGAGGUUCGAGGACAAUUUAAUAAGAAGACGAAGAUUCACGCACAAUCAUGAAUCUGCGAUUAUUUUCAAAAAUACUAAAAUGCUCGAGAGAUUGAAACGUGCAACUAAACUGAAUUCCAACACCAAUAAAGAUAAAAGCAAAGAAAGACCUAAGCAAAGAAGAGAGAGGAUAGAAAUUAAAUUUAAAUUUAUAGGCAGAAUAAUCGAAGAAAAUUUUGAAAAUCCUAAACAAGGAGUGCAAAAGUUGAGAGAAAAGAUCGACGCGAUGCAGCAUUUGGGAAAAUUAAAUCUGUUCAACAAUAGAACUAAUCAGGAAAUCGCGAAGUUAGCCUUAAAUCUGCAUCUCGUAUUCAAGGAACCUCAAGAUCUCUGCAAUGCCGGAAGUGUGUUGAAGAAACACAGUUGCGUAAAAUGUCCCGCGGGUACUUUUUAUAAUAUCUCAACUAGAAUUUGCCAACCGUGUCCUUUUGGACAAUAUCAGAAUGCGACUGCUUCUCUAAAGUGCAUAUCAUGUCCGGAGCGUACUUUCACGAAGAAGAUGCACAUGAAAUCGUUGAAAGAUUGCAUUCCUAUGUGCCGACCAGGAUAUUAUUCCCGGCAUAAACGCUAUCACGGAUCGCGAUUAGCUACAGAGCCCUGUUUCGUGUGCGAUAUCGGUUUCUAUCAGCCAAGUUAUGGACAGACUCAAUGUUUACCGUGUCCGUUCAACAGAACAACAGAAAAACGCGGUUCCGUAAAUAUCAACGAUUGCUUGAUACACGAUAAGGAAAUCGACGAUUGUCGAACGGAUCCGUGUUUAAACGGUGGACGAUGCGUCGUUCAAGACGAAGACGAUUUCGUCUGCGAAUGUCAGGAAUAUUAUGUAGGAUCGAAAUGCAAAGAGUUCAAGGAUCCGUGCAAUUCCUCGCCGUGUUUAAACGAGGGAACGUGUAAGAUGCAACAACGUCCCGAUAAUUCCGUGACAUACGGAUGCACAUGCAAAAGCAGUUACACUGGCGCCAAUUGCGAGAUUUAUGUAGACGAAUGUUCCACGAAUCCUUGCCAGAACGGCGGAAAAUGCGCGAGUACCGAGAGCGAUUUCGCCUGCGAGUGCAAGGACGGAUUCGAAGGUCAGUUUUGCGAAAUUCCGAUGGAUCACUGCGAGCUUACGCCCUGCGAGGAGGAAUCCGCGUGUCGCACCGUCAACGGAACUUGGCGAUGCUUCUGCAAACCCGGAUUCCUGGGUCGCCACUGCAAUCUGUUGCCCUGCGACUGGUUACCCUGUCACGCGAACGCGAUUUGCGUGAACGUCAGGAAAGAAAACGCAACGCGAGAGAGUUAUAGGUGCGAAUGUCCUGACGGAUACAUUGGAAAGGACUGCGCGACCAGGAUAAAUUACUGCGAGAGCUCUCCUUGCUUAAACAAUGGAAAUUGUAUUAAUCAAAUACUCAAUUACACUUGUGAUUGUCCGGUGCUUUUCGCAGGACGCAACUGCGAAAUUGAAUUAUCAUCCGAUUACGCGAUGCACUUUACAAAGUCCAGCACGACGGACUACGUCAUUGUGAAAGGACCCCCAAAGGAUCUUUCUGAGUUGUCUGUUUGUCUGUGGCUACAAUCAAUGGACACUUUUAAUUACGGUACAGUGUUAUCGUACGCGACGACGUUCGACGAUAAUGCUUUUACAUUGACGGAUUAUAACGGAUUCGUAUUGUAUAUUAAUGGGAAAAGAGUCGUGACCGAUAUUAAAGUCAACGAUGGUUACUGGCACUUCCUGUGUAUUACUUGGGAAAGUGGAUAUGGUACAUGGCGCGUAUUUGUCGACGGAAUUCUUGAGGACAACGGUAUUCGUUUAGCUCAGGGAACCAUCGUGCCUGCCAAUGGAUCCCUCGUCAUUGGACAGGAGCAGGAUCAUCUGGAAGGUGGUUUUUCCGAAUCGGAAGCGUUUUUGGGAAAACUCAGUUUGCUAGAGAUGUGGGAUAUCGUUUUAGAUGAGAAGAACAUUACAACGCUAUGGAACAGUUGCGAGAAAAAUCACGGGAACGUCAUAGCCUGGGCACACAUGCAGCAAUAUAUUCACGGCGACAUAAAAAUCUUAGCAAGCCCAUUUUGUCGCGGAUGUCCCUUACCCAUAGCACCGUUUAAAGGUAACAUUAACGUAAGCGAGGACCUCUCGGAGGUAACGUAUUAUUGCGACAGCGGAUACGUGAUUCGGUUCGAUGGCGAGGAACGUCGGUCCUUCAGUAGAAAAUGUCUCAAACACAGUCAGUGGGAGGGACACGACACGCCAAUUUGUACAAAAAUAAGAUGCGGCUUUCCCGGAUACUUUCCACGAGGAAACAUUCAGGGCAGAUCGUAUUUAUUCGGGGACGAGAUACACUAUUCUUGCGAUUCUGGCUACGAACUUCGUGGGAAUCCUCAUAGAAUUUGCAAUUCCGAUGGAAAGUGGACCGGGUUACCUCCGAUCUGUCUAGGAAUGACGUGCAAAAAUUUGCUAGCCCCGGAAAAUGGAGAUAUAGAAUACAUAUUGGAAGAGAAUGAAAGAGAUGAUAUUACGAUAUUACAGGCCGGUCAACAAUUGGAAUUCAAAUGCAAUCCCGGAUACCGUUUAAUAGGCGAGAGAUACCUAACUUGUUUGGAGACCGGAGUUUGGGAUUACGAGAGACCGUCCUGUAUACUUUACGGAUGUGCUCCGCCGAAAAAAAUAAAGCACGGCUACGUCGUCUUCGCGAAUUCUGACACGUCGUCGAACCGGACUUCCGGUCCCGAGGAGAAAACGAUCGACGGUCUCACCAAAAGAACGUAUUAUUACGACGAUGUCGUUGGAUUCUCUUGCCAUCACGGCUACAAAUUUCCCGGAAAUCGCGGUCUGGAGCUGACGGGAUUCAAGCUGCGAUGUUCCAUCAACGGCAGUUGGAUCGGUUUCGUUCCCGAUUGCGUUCCCCGCGUAUGUCCUUGGCCGGAUCGCGUGGAAAACGCGAGACUCUUCCUCAGGAAAGGAGACAAUCUCACGAUCGAGAUUCCCGUGGAGGAAGACGCGACGUUCGAAUCUUUGAUCGUUGAUCGUUCAAGAGACGAGGAUGAAAUGGCGGAAGAAAUCUCGCCGGGAAUAUUCGUUUCCGGCGCGGAAAUCGUCGUCGUCUGUGAUCCGGGAUACGAAAUGAUCGGGGAUGAUAUGAAAAGGUGCAUCAACGAAACUUGGUCUUCGACUACGACCUGCGCUUUACGCAACUGUUCCGUGAGGGACCACCCAAUUUUUCAGAUUUUCAAAAAAUUGGAGAACGAGAACGACGUGACGUCGCUCGAGUUCGAUAACAAAAAAUGGCACGACAAUGUCACGAGCACGUAUAAACAGUUUGACGUUUUCGUCGAGGGAAGGGCUUACGGGCAACAUAUAAUCUUAGCGUGUCGAAAUGACACGCUGAUGAACCUGGAUAAGCUGAUUAGCAAUGAGACGGUCUCGAAUAUCACGUGGACGUGCAACAAAAUCGGAAGGUGGACGGUUUCAAAUUUAUCGCUGAACGAAGCUGAACUCGAACAGCUCUUUAACGACUCAACGUAUGUCUGCGACAAAUCGUGUGCACCCCCGGAGAUACCAAAAUAUGGAUAUAUAGAUAAUAUUAAUAAUACAGAUGAUAUCAAAGAUCGGAUGGCGAUCAACAAUAUCCUCAUGUUCAAAUGCCGUCAUGGUUAUAUUCUCGAAGGUGACGAACGAUCUGUUUGUUUAUCGAACGCCACGUGGUCCUCUUUACCCUCUUGCAAACCUGUAGCAUGCGGAGAGCCGCCAAUCUUAGCCAAUGCGAUACUCAAGCGAGAUAUUAGCGAGAGGACUCAGAAUUUUACUUUUGGUAACAUGAUUUCUUAUCAGUGCGUCCCGGGCUAUCGUACAUUCGGGCAGACGACUUUGAGAUGUUUGGGAAGCGGAAAGUGGUCCAGAAUAAAUGGCAAAUGUUCGAAAAUAUCAUGUGGCAAACCGCAGAUCCAGAAUGGAGUCAUGCUGCAUGGACGUUCGUAUCUAUUUCAAGAUCAAUUGACAUACGUGUGUCCUAAUGAUAAAAAACGGGGAGUAAUAACUUGUCAAGCCGAUGGAAGAUGGAACGAAUCGCCGAAAUGUAACGGAAAUUAAAGCACAUUCUCAUAAAAUGAUAUCUUAAGACGUUUGUUUUGUUCGGUUCAGUAAAAGAACAUUUCGCUUUUAAUAACAACACACAUGUUUUUAUUUCUUUCUGACUUCUUGUAUCAAGAUUCACGAAUGUGAUAUAGAAAACGUAAUCACGCAGUCUUAUCACGAAAUAAAUAACUGAGUUUGAAUUUCCAGAAUAGUACGUACAGAUAUGCGGUAAUACCUUAUCUAAAUAUUAUUUAUGCACAAUUUUCUCGUAUGGUUAAUUUCAAUAUAUCGUACUCCUCUCUCGAGAAUACAUUUAUAUUUUUAUCAUGUUUAAUUGUAAAAGUUGGUGUAUAUCGAUACAAAUAAUUCUCAUCUCAAAAAUUGGCAUUGGUUGGAACUCGCAUAUUUGUGUACAAUAGUUGAUCAAUACUGGCCACGACAGAUAUUACACGAGUUCAUUGUACAUUUUGUUCGUGUUUCACGCUUCAAUAAUAAAAGAACAAGAAUAUAAUAACAUGUAGCUGUUGGACAAAAUAUCUCUUAUACAUAAAUUUGACAUAAAUUACGUUUCGUAUAAAUAUCAUUUGGACAUAUUGUACAAACAUAUCUGCAUAUUACUAUUUGAGGAAGAACAAUAAAGAUAAAUAUAUGUGAAAAUAAUUUUUUUUUGUAUAAAUGUUGUAUAUACCUAACGAAUUGAUGUCAUAUAAAUAAAGCACCUUCAGCAAAAUAGGUACAUUCUUAGCAUGGCUACAUCAGAGAGAGAGAAAUCAGAUUACUAUAACAAUAUGUCUCUCGAAAUUAUUGUAAGAUAUAAACAUACUGUUUGACAAAA